CUCCUCUUUUACUUAUUACACUAAACAGGUAGAAAGAAAGAAAAAAGAAAGACAGACCAACAGACACCUAUUCUUUCUUUCUCGUUAUUCCUUUCUACUCUUACUCGGCCAAGAUAAACCUAUCCCUACCGUUCAACUAUCCUUAUGCCCUCUAAUGCACAUGGCUCAAUCUCAAUCGCAGCCACCAUGAACACCGACUCAUCUUUGUGGACACCAAUAGCCAAUCAUACAAAAAACAUGUCCAUUGCAAACAAACAAGGCUACAAACCUUUGAAUCCUGCUGAUGCGCUUGUUUAUCUCGAACUAGUCAAGAAAACCUAUGCUGAUAAACCAGCCGUUUACCAAAAUUUGAUAGAAAUUAUGAAAGAUUUUAAAAAUAAAAGAACUGACAUUGUCAAGGUCAUUGAGACAAUCACAGUAUUGUUUAAGGACUACCCUUUUUUGAUUAUUGGAUUUAAUCCAUUCCUACCACCCGGGUAUCGCGUUGAGUGCAACCAGACCGAGAAUGGUUUGGUAGUCCAGACGAGUUUACCUAUGGGACAAACCAAGACUACAACAAUACUACCGACAGACACAGCCAACUCUUUACAGCAAAAACAUCAAAAGCAACCCAUGAGCCUACAGGAUGCAUUUGCCUACACAACAAAACUAAAGGAGAGGUUUGGCGAGGAUUCAGAUACAUAUAGAAGCUUUGUAGGAAUUCUGCGUAAAUUUCAAAAGAAACAAGUCUCGACAGAACAGGUCUAUUGGAGCAUAUGCAAACUGUUUAAAGACUCUGAAGACCUUUUCAAACUUUUUAUCGAAUUCUUGCCUCCGUUGGAAAGUACCACUGAACCAAGGUGUACUUCUGACCAACACAAGAAGCGAGCAGAAGAAUCACUUGAUGAUUUACCACAGGCAAGUGAAGCAUUACUAUUACUAUCAUCGAAACAUGAUCAUCCUAGUCAACCGCCCAUAUCUGACCUUCGUUCAACCUCACCCACACCUCAGAAUGUUCUGGCCAACGACGAAGAAAGAUUCUUUGAGAGAGCUAGAAAACACAUCGGAAACAAGACUACCUUUAAUGCAUUUCUCAAAGUAAUCAACCUCUUUAAUCAACAAAUCAUAGACGAGAAUCUGGCUGCCCACAGAGCUGAAGCUUUCUUGGGAGGCAAUCCGAGUCUCUUCCAAUCUUUCAAAGCAUUGCUGAACUACAACGAGCCAGACCACAGUCUAUUGUAUGCCUAUGCACAAGCUGCAUCACCAGAAGAUAAAAAAUAUGAAUGUGGACCAAGUUACAGAGCUGCUUCUCUAUCUUGGAGGAAACAACAGUGCUCAGGCAGGGAUCCCCUAUGCUGGGAAGUAUUGAAUACAGACUAUGUGUCACACCCAACCUGGGCAAGCGAGGACAGCGGAUUCACUGCUUCUAAAAAGAACCAGUACGAAGAAGCACUCCAUGUGAUCGAAGAAGCGCGCUACGCAUAUGAUAUGGAUAUUCAGGCCAAUACUACCACAGUCGACCAUCUCAAAAAAGUCACCGAGACAUUGUCAACCAUGACUGAAAAAAAGCAAAAGGCUUAUCGUCUUCCACCAGACUUUGGUGGUCCUUCACCUUCAAUCUAUUCAUGUGCAAUCAAGAAAGUGUACGGGAAUGAGAAAGGACAAGACAUGAUUAAACUUUUACAGACUGAUCCUGCACAAACAAUACCGGGUGUUCUUAAACGGCUAGUCCAUACGGGAGAAGUACUCCAAAAGGGCAAGCGGCAAACAGAAUUAUGGAAAGAAGCCGAGAUCAAAAACUAUUAUCGUGCAUUGGAUCAUCAAGGAAUCAAUUUCAAAAAGAAAGACAAAAAGGCAAAUUCUGUCAAGCGGCUUGUGUCCGAAAUUGAGGCGCUUCGCUUGGAGCAAGCCACCAAACAGCAACGAGAGCCAACCGAUGGCUACAAUGAUUUGCCUGACCCUCAGUACACAUUCAUAUUCGAGGACCAAGCUGUCUUAAAAGACGUAAUUCACAUUCUUCUUUUUGUGCUCGAGCGUAACUUGCUUUAUGGGGCCAAGGACUGCAACCGGAUUCGUGGAUUCUUGAGUCUAUUUUUACCAACCUUGUUUGACAUUGAUCUGUUUAAUGAAGACACCCAAUCACACCAAAAAGCGACUGAAAACACGCGGCAGUCAGAAAUAGAAGGAGAGACAAGAACGGGAAGAGGUGGAAGAGCAGGAAAAACAGAAAUAACAGGAAGAGCAGAAAGAGCAUGCAGAGGGAAAAGAGGGGAAAUGGGGAAAAUGGGGGAAAAGGGAGAAAGGGAAGAAACACAUCAUUUAACCACAACAUUUGUGUCAGAUCCUACACAAAGUAGACGCCCAAGUUUUUUUGGCAAUAGCGGGUUCUAUUGCUUUGUACGCUUAUUUCAGAUGGUUUAUACUCGCCUGUUAGACAUCAAAGCACUGGAUCUGGAAUACAAGCGCAACGUCAACCAAGCAAAAUAUGCAACGACGGCUGAAUUCGACGUUGGACUCAAGACACGGGAAAUGGAGAAUAUCAAGCUGGAUUUCACGUCUGACCACUACACUCUCUUGUUGGACCUGAUUGAGAAGCUUUUAACCGGGGAAAUCGAGCAACAUGUAUUUGAAGGAAGUGCACGGUAUAUCUUUGGUACCCGAGCACACCCUGUCUUUACGAUCGAUAAACUCCUGAUAUCCAUGAUACGACAGAUUUAUCCAUUAGUCAAUGAUGAGAGAGUGGAAAAGCUCUUGGGAUUGUUCCAGAAUUAUGCUAAAUUGGCCUAUCCUGUUCACGAAAAGCUAAGCUAUUUCCGGAUGAAGGUCGAGAAGAUAAUGGGUGUUAAUGAAGAUCUAUACUGCGCUAUAUAUAAUCCAAAAGAGCGAGCAUUGUCACUUCAACUGCUUCGUCGAUCUUCGUCAGUUUACCAAGACGAUGGUGAUGAUGAAUAUGAAGAAUAUUGUGCAAGUUAUAUGGACUGGCGUCACCUUAGUGAAGGCAUAAAGGAGGGACAGCUUAUGCCAUGUUAUCUCGAAAGAAAUAGAAAACAAGGGCUUCAAGAUUGUGAUAUGGAAAACAUGUACACUUUCUCUGGGAUGAAGUACAAAAUGUGCCGGAACACGUAUCAUUUGUUUUAUUUGAUUGGAAGUGAAGAUGUAUUUCAAAGACACGUUUGCUACAAGGAUUUAGGGUCGUAUUCAUUGGCACCACUUGAAAAUCGCGUCUCUCAAGGGAUUGAGAUUCCAUUGAAAGAAGUCGAAGCAAGAGUACGAAAGCUCUUGGGAUAAAAAGACAAAGAAGAAGAAAGUAUUUUUUACUUGUUUAAAUAAAUAUUUUAAUAUUUUAAUAGUAUAAUAUAUAUAUAUUAUAU